GGUUCAAGAGCUUCUUUAUGCAAUAAAAUUGAACGUGGAUGACUGACUGAAAUUUCAGUUGAAUCUCGUUCUCUCGCCGGAAAACAUGGCGACAGUGGCCCAACUCCGAUACUUUCCUCUACAUAACCAAUAUGAUCUCGCCGGAAGCCGACAUCUUACCAUCCAAAACACCCGUUCUUCGGCGCUCUCUCUCCCUGCACAUUUCUCUGUCUCCUCUCCCUCCCCUUUGAAUAUCUCUCUCUCUCUUCUCCAAACCAGAGCUUCUAGCCCCAGCUCCGCCGGAAAAUUCGAACUUUCCAAUGAUGGAGGCAAUGGAGCCGGCGGAAAAGGCCGUGGAACCGGCGGUGGCGGCAAUGACGGGUGGAGUUCCGGCCAUAGUGGUGGUGGAGAUUCCGAGGAUCGAUCUUCAUCGUCAUCGUCAGGUAUAGGAAUUCUAGGGUUGUUCUUGAACGGAUGGAGAUCACGGGUUGCGGCUGAUCCACAGUUUCCGUUCAAGGUUCUGAUGGAGGAAUUGAUCGGCGUUAGUGCAAACGUUCUUGGAGACAUGGCGACUCGUCCUAACUUCGGACUCAACGAGCUCGACUUUGUCUUCUCGACUCUUGUCGUCGGAUCGAUAGUAAACUUCAUUCUUAUGUAUCUUUUAGCCCCAACGGCGACUGCGUCAUCGGUGAAUCUCCCUGCGAUCUUCGCGAGCUGUCCGAAGAGCCACAUGUUUGAAUCAGGAGCAUUCAGUGUUCUCGAUCGGUUUGGGACGUUUGUAUAUAAAGGAACUCUGUUUGCUGCAGUUGGGUUUGCUGCGGGGCUCGUGGGCACUGCGAUUUCAACUGGGCUGAUUAAGAUGAGGAAGAAGAUGGAUCCCAAUUUCGAGACGCCGAAUAAGCCUCCGCCCACGGUGUUGAAUGCUAUUACUUGGGCAAUUCAUAUGGGUCUGAGCAGUAACCUCAGGUAUCAAACUUUGAACGGGGUUGAGUUUCUGCUGGAGAAGGGGCUGCCGUCUUUGGGAUUUAAGGCUUCGGUGGUGGUUUUGAGGUGUUUAAAUAAUCUUCUCGGAGGUGCUUCAUUUGUGAUCUUGGCGAGGUUGACGGGAUCACAGAAAGUUCAGGAGGGGAAGGCUGUGGUUUCAACGCAGGAGGGGGAGUUGGCGGAAGAGAAGGUGAAGUUGAUACAGGGGAGUGAGGAUUUACAGAGCAGUCAGUCUGCGUCUAAGUAAUUUGGUUUGUCUUCUCUUUCUUUUGUUUACUUUCAGGGCAAGGAGAGCUAAAUGUAGAGUUGGUUUUCAUUGAAGUAUGCGUAAUAAGUUUGCCUGAUUUCCUUUAAGUUUAUGAAAAGUGAUGCUUUUUUGUGCAAAACUAUCUGUGGAUCUUUUCUGGUUCGCUUUUUCUUUCCCC